GGCACAUGCGCGCUCUGCCCUCCAGCUCAGCAGCUGCGGUAACAUGGAUGUGCGGGUGGCUCCUCUCCGCUCCUGGGAAGAUUUCUUCCCUGCUUUAGAUCGCUUCGCCCGCCCGGACUUCAAGGACGUCUCCAAAUGGAACAACCGGGUGGUCAACAACCUGCUCUACUACCAGACCAACUACCUGGUGCUGGCGGCGGGUGUCAUCAGCCUUGUGGGGUUUCUGAGCCCCCUAAGCAUGGUACUUGGUGGGACGGUGGUGGUCCUGGUUUUCUUGGGCUUUGUGUGGUCAUCGCACAAUAAGGACAUCAUCCGUAGGUUCAAGAAGCGCUACCCUACCAUGUUUGUGCUGUCCAUCAUGCUCGCCAGCUAUUUUGUCAUCUCCCUGUUCGGAGGCGUGAUGGUCUUCAUGUUUGGGAUCACAUUUCCAUUGUUGUUGAUGUUCCUCCACGCCUCCCUGAGGCUUCGCAACGUGAAGAACAAGGUGGAAAACAAGAUGGAGGAAAUUGGCUUGAAAAAGACCCCGAUGGGGAUCGUCCUCGAUGCUCUCGAACAACACGAAGAAGGCAUUUCUAAGAUCGCUGACCUCAUUAACAAAGUAAAGGAGUAGGGGCCACAUGUAGGGUUUGUCUUGGCUCCUCUCUGCUCCUUACCAGUUGAGGAACGUUUUUAAUUAUGUUCCAGUUGUGUGACCAGGCAGCCUUCUUCUGCCCUUCUCCCUAAUAAUUGGGUGACCUCGUAUAAUAGUGCUGUCAUUAAUGGGACUGCAGAAAUGAGUUGGGUCCACGUUGGUGACCCGAUAUGUUUAUAGGUUACUACGUGGGAUUGGGAGACGUAGAGUUAGCACCCCUUUACCCAUCAAUGUGUAAAUGAAGUAUUAGCCAUUUAUAAUGGAACGUUUCUGCCGUUUCCAGUUUGGUUGCACUUUCUUUAUCGGGGGGGAAGAUCUGUGUGCUUCUGGGGUUAGUAUUUGACUGUUUUUGGUCCAUUCUCCAUAUCGUCAGUGUUUAAUUUAUAAGUAUUUAUAUCUACUCUUCCUUCCUAGCCAUCGAUCUGGUGGCGUUGAUACCUAAACCUAUAUAAGCGCUCCCACAUCGAAGAGACUGGCGUUUACCCACCCGCUGCUGCAUGCUUUAUCAUUCAGGGGGAGUCCUGCUGGAUUCCUCACUUUAUCACCCGAUUCCUUCUUGUUGCUUUUUUUUAAAAAAAUAAUCUGUUUCAGCACUUAAUUUGCAAAUUUCUUUAUUUCUGCGUAUUUGCACUAUAAACAUAAGCAAAAUCUCCGCGACUUGGAUAAUCUGUUACAUUAUCUGUAAAAUGAUUUUAGUGCUAGAUGAGCUUGCAUCAUGAAAUAGGUCGCCUUCCAUUCUCAGGUUGGUUAUAAGAAAUCUUCGCGUGGUUCCGGAAAUUCCGCCUGCCACGAGUAAUUGCAUAUUUUGAAAAGUAGGAAUUUUGAGUUUGAAUAGGAAUAUUCCUUUAGUCUCGUUUGACGUCACCGAUCGCUUGAAACACAGCGAUCCGCUCAAAAUACUACGUCUGCUUCUCGUAGGAUCUGUCUACCUGGUGUGGGGGGUCAUUAACCUUUUAAGUGACGACACAUUGCAAACUCUGCUUAUCUGCUAUUUGCUUAUUUUUGGCUAUGCAGCGGCGAAUCCGAUCACUUUGCUAGAAAUACUAAAAUAAUGCUAAGAUAGUUUAAAGGUAAUUAGUCGUGUAUAACUGAGCUUGUGUCAUUAAAGCAACUUGAAACUUGUAUGCAAUAUGAAUAUUAUUUAAGGGGGGGUGUAAAUGCUUUAAUGGUUACUGGCAUGCUUCUUUAUAAUCCGUAACAUAACUACCUGCACAUGUUGUUAAUCCAUAAUAUGGAUAGUCCGUGUUGACCGUCUUCUAACACCAGACGUAUGAAGGACGAUCUAGCGUGGCAUCGCCUGGACCUCUUUUAGAAAGCCAGGGGCCGCCUGCUCUUUAUACCUCGUUACCUCCUUUAAUUAGAUAUCGAUUCCCCCUGCAUUUUAUGUUGGGAGACUUGUUGUUUCAUUCCAAAACAAGUUGCUUUUAUCAGGUUGAUAAAUCUCAGAUAUCAGCCGCUAGCUACAAGGACAGAAAGCGCUGUGAUCAGGAGCAGAUAUUUUUCUUUUUUGUUUUUUUGCAUGGCUAAAAGUGUGUAUCGACCAACGGAAUCCUCCGUUUCUGGCUUUGGAUUUAAUAAAUAAUAAAAAAGAGAAAACAAAAAGAUAAA